UCACUGAACCCGGAGGAACCAUGAAGGCAGACCUGCCUGCUCAGAUCUGUGGGUCCGUCUGCUGUGUCGUCCCUUUGUGAAUGAAAUCAUCGCAGAUCAAAUAUGAAGUUUUCUGUGAGAGCGAUGUGACAACAGCGGAACGAAAGUUAGCCGCCCUCCACCGCCGGAACUUCCCUAUGUGACACCAGGUGGAAGUAAGCAGGAAAAAGCGGAAGUAGCCUUAACUUUCCACGGGUGUUGGGGUCAAACGCCAGUAAAGUUUGAAGGUAACAGAGUGUAUAGUUGUGUGUGAGCUGUGGCAGUAACAAUGGCUUCAGUUCAGUAUCUGAGAGAGUUUAUCAACGAGCGACUAACUGCUGCUGCUGAACAAAUAUUCUUGGAGUUUGAAAAAACGAUCGUCCAGUACGAGGAAGAGAUCGACCGUCAGCGCAGACUGCUGGAUAUCACCUGGAAACCCCAAAUCAAGCUUCGGAGGAUAGACCUUCCACUGCGACUCCUCUGCAGAGAGGAGGAGCAGCUCUGGAACCAGGAGAGGAGCUCCAGUGUCGACCAGGAGGAACCAGAACCUCCACAGAUUAAAGAGCAACAGGAGGAACUGUGCAGCAGUCAGGAGGGAGAGCAGCUGGAACUGGAGGAGGAGACUGAUACCUUCAUGGUGACUGCUACUUACAAGGAAAGCGACCUCAGUAACACCACUCACUCUGACUCCAGUGUGUUUGUUGGGACUGAAUCCAGAGAAGCAUUCAAAGUUUUAAAUAAUUCUACCCAGAUCAAGAAAGACAUCAACCAUCAGCCCAGAGAGCUGGAUGUCACCUCCAGUGCUGAGAAAGAUCUGCAUAGAACAGACCUCCCACAGCAGCAUGUCUGUAAGCAGGAGGGGGUUCUCCCUCAGCAGCAGCUCAGGAACCAGAACAGGAGCUCCAGAUUGGACCAGGGAGAACCAGAACCUCCACAGCGCACAGAGGAACAGAACAAACUGUGCAGCAGUCAGGAGGGAGAGCAGCCCGUAGUGACAGAGACGAAAACUUCUACGGUGACUUCUGCUCACAGCAAAAGUGACCACAGUGAAUCAGAAGCAAAAUGUGACCAGCUCCUCACUCACGGCUCUGCUGCAGCUGAGAGCCGAGAUCAGGAAGGAGGGAAGAAGGGAGAUUCAGACUCUGGAAAUCCAGAGUCAAAACUUCACGUAAACAGAAGUCAGAGCAACAAUUCAGAAGAAUUCCCGCCAUCAGCGAGUCAGUGUAACACUGACACGGGUCGAAAGUCUCUCCAGUGUGACAUUUGUGGAAAGUCUUUUAAGAAAAAGUGCCAAAUAAAGGAGCAUUACAAAAUCCACACAGGUGAGAAACCAUUCACCUGUAAGACAUGUGAGAAAAGUUUUGCUCAGAAGAGCACUUUGCUGCGCCACAUGACUGUCCACACAGGAGAGAGGUUGUUUUCCUGCCACAUAUGUGGCAAAACUUUUAGGCAACGCGGGAAUCUGAUGAUCCACCUCAGAAUCCACACCGGUGAGAGGCCGUAUUCCUGCACAGUGUGUGAAAAGACUUUCAGUCAGAGUAGUCAUUUGCUGGGCCACAUGCGAAGCCAUAGAGGAGAGAAACCGUACCUGUGCGAUGAUUGUGGGGAAAGUUUUUCCGAAUCGUCGUCACUUAAAUUACACAAAGUGAUCCACACAGGAGAGAGGCCUCAUUCUUGCCAAUUUUGUGAAAAAACGUUCAUUAAACGAAGUAACCAGCUGCGGCACAUGAGAACGCACACAGGAGAGAAACCGUAUGUUUGUGAGACCUGCGGGGAAAGAUUUACUCUGUCACAGUCGCUAAAAAGCCACAACGCGAUCCACACAGGAGAGAAGCCGUAUCACUGUAAAACUUGUGGGAAAAUGUUCCGUCAGAAUCAUCAUUUGUCGUUGCACAUGAAAACCCACGAACAGCAGAAGCCGCAGUGCUGCGACGACAACAGCGCGCUGCACAUUGAUAGCUUUUCACCACCUCUUCGUCUGGACAGAGACCGCGAACGCACCAGGAAGCAACAUGGCGGCGUGUGUCUGUAUGUAAACAACAGCUGGUGCUCUACAGUCACUGUGAGUGAGAAGCUGUGCACUACAGACAUCGAGCUUCUGGCUGCUUCCCUGCGCCUCCACUACCUCCCCAGAGAAUUCCCUCAGCUUUUCAUCAUCUUGGUUUACAUCCACCCCAGAGCUGAUGCAGCUAAAGCCACAGAGUACAUCACCAACACUCUGUACAAACUGGAACAAUUAUCACCGGACUCUCCCAAGUUCAUCCUGGCAGACCACCACACCAUCCUGCUGGCCCCUGCUUACACCCCAGUCAUCAAGAGGAUUAAAAAGGUCACCAACAACAUCAAGCAGUGGACAGAGGAAAGUAUCCUCACCCUACAAGGAUGUUUCGAAGCCACUGACUGGAGCAGCCUUCUUUCUCCCUCUGAUGACAUUGACGAACAAGUCGACACGGUGACAUCAUACAUCUCCUUCUGUGUUGACAACAUUAUCCCCUCAAAAACAGUCUCCAUCUACCCCAACAACAAACCCUGGAUCACCAAGGAGCUCAAGGAAAUCCUUAAUAAAAAAAGGAUUUUUUUCACUGGCUCUGCUCUGGAUAAAAAGGAAGAAGCCUGGCAGGGCCUCAAAACCAUGGCCUCUGUGAAUACUAAGGUCACCACCCCCAGAACCAUCCAGGUGGAGGGCAGCAACCCCUCCUCCCUCCCUGACGACCUCAACACUUUCCACACCAGGUUUGUGACGGACAAUAUCGCCCAGCUUGAGGAGUCCAGAUCCUCACUCAAACCUGGCAGCUCUGCACUCACCUUCAGCACUGAGGACGUGGUGAGAGCCCUCAGGAGGACCAGGGAGAGGAGCUCACCCGGCCCUGACAACAUCAGCAGUCGAGUUCUGAGGCACAGUGCAGGGCAACUAGGAAGUGUGUUCCAGACUCUUUUUCAACACUCAGUUGACAGUCACACCGUCCCCCAGCUGUGGAAACACUCCACAGUCAUCCCCAUCCCCAAAAGAAACAACCCAAAGUCUCUGAAUGAUCUUCGUCCUGUGGCCCUCACCUCCCUGGUGAUGAAGGCCAUGGAGAAGAUCAUAAAACAGCACAUCGUUAGAGCAACUGACCUCCUGAUGGACCCACUCCAGUUUGCUUACCGUGCACGCGGAGGUGUCGAUGAUGCAAAAAUCUUCAUCUUGGACUCCAUCCACAAACAUCUGGAGCUCCCUGACUCCUCCGCCAGACUUCUGUUUGCUGAUUUCUCAUCAGCGUUCAUCACUCUGCAGCCUCAUAUCCUGGGCUGUGUGCUCUCCCCGCUGCUCUUCAUCCUCUACACCAAUGACUGCAGAUCCACACAGCCCAACUGCCACCUGGUGAAAUAUGCUGACGACACAGUUCUCCUGUCACUGCUGUCAGGCCCCUCACAACACCACGGGCCGCUCUGCAGGAUCACCACCACCAUCCACAAGAAGCCAGUGGAGGUAGUUGAGGAGUACAAAUACCCGGGAACCAUCUUUGACAACCUCCUGAAAUUCUCUGCCAACACAGAUUCUCAGGAGGCUGUGGCAGUAACAAUGCCUUCAGUUCAGUAUCUGAGAGAGUUUAUCAACGAGCGACUAACUGCUGCUGCUGAACAAAUAUUCUUGGAGUUUGAAAAAACGAUCGUCCAGUACGAGGAAGAGAUCGACCGUCAGCGCAGACUGCUGGAUAUCACCUGGAAACCCCAAAUCAAGCUGCACAGGACAGACGUUGCGCAGCAGCAUGUCUGUAAGGAGGAGGUUCUCCCUAAGCAGCAGCUCUGUAACCAGGAGAGGAGCUCCAGACUGGACCAGGAGGAACCAGAACCUCCUCAGAGUACAGAGGAACAGGAGGAACCCUGCAGGAGUCAGGAGGGAGAGCAGGUUGUAGUGAAGGAAGAGAAUGAUACCAUUUUUAAGGUGACUGUUACUUGGGGGGAAAGCGACCAGAGUGAAGCAGAACCAGACAGUCACCAGCUCCCCCCUCACAGCUCUGCUGUAGCUAAGAGCCAAGAUCAGGAAGGAAGCGGGAAUGUUGCUUCAGGAUUGACUGGAAAUGGAAGCGGAAGUCAGAGUAAUGAUGCAGAAAACUCUCCCAUGCCAGCUGAAAGGUGUAACACUGGUACAAGUAAACAGCCUUUGAAAGGUGAUGGUUUUCCCUUAAGAAAACUUAAAAAGGCCUUCAAGAAAAAGUCUCAAAUGAGGACACGUCACAGAAUGCAAACAGGAGAGAAACCGCAUACUUGCCAAACAUGUGAGAAAACCUUUAGUGAAAAUAGCAUUUUGUUGCGUCACACAAAAACUCACACGGGAGAGAAGAUUCAUUCUUGCAAAACGUGUGAGAAAACCUUUAGUCAAAGCAGUGAUUUAAUGAUCCACAUGAGAAUCCACACUGGUGAGAGGCCAUACUCUUGUAAAGCAUGCGGGAAGUCUUUCAAUCAAAGUGGUCAUUUGACGGCCCACCAGCGAAUCCACACCGGCGAGAGGCCGUAUUCUUGCACAACGUGUGGAAAAACUUUUAGUCAAGGUAGUAAUUUGUUGAGCCACAUGCGAUGCCACACAGGAGAGAAGCCUCAUGUUUGUAAGACCUGCGGGGAAAGAUUUACAACAUCAGCCUCGCUUAAAAUCCACACCACAAGCCACACAGGAGAGAGGCCUCAUCCUUGCCAAGCAUGUGGGAAAACCUUCACUACACGCUGUAACCUGCUGCGCCACAUGAGAACGCACACAGGAGAGAAGCCGUAUGUUUGUGAGACCUGCGGGGAAAGAUUUACUCUGUCAACAUCACUUAAAAGCCACAAAACUAUCCACACGGGAGAGAAACCGUAUCACUGUAAAGCCUGUGGGAAAAUGUUCCGCCAGAGUCAUCAUUUGUCAUUGCACAUGAAGACCCACAAACAGUAGAAGUCGUAGUGCUGAAAGUUUUGUGGGGAAAACCGUAUUUCAGACAUCUUUACACUACUCCAACAACUAUUCUGACUUGCAGCAUUUGUUCUAAUAAUAUCUGUUAAUUUUGUUAUUUAUUUUUUUGUAAGAAGAACUAAGGGAGACCAGCGCCACUCUUCAGAGGAAGCUCAUUUAUGCUGCUGUAUCUGUGAUCAUGUUCUUUUGACCUUUUGAAUUUUAGGGAGUUUCUUGUUUUGGGAGAUUUCUUUGAGAUUCUGGAAGAAGAGUUUUGUAACUUUUCUAAUAACACUAUAAUUGACCUUUGAGUUCUGCAUGUUUUCAGUGAUUUUCUACAACAGCUUCUGUGUUAUAUUAUUACAACUGUGUAAAUUUAUAACAAUACAUGUAAAUAUUAAAAAAGUGGAGAAGCAGUUUGUCAGCUGCUGGUUUUCAUCUGCAGCCUUUGAGAUUUUCUCCUGUGACGGAGUCGCACAAACUUUACCUCCAUCACUUUGGAUUCUGAGUGUUGUCGAAAACCAGAGAA